AUGUGGAAAUGCGAGGACGGCGAAAACUUUCGACCGAUGAGACCCUUUAGUUUCGACACUAGCACAAAACUGAAACUCUCUAAGCAAAAUGAGUACAUGUUUUUCAACUGUAGUGAAGAAUAUGUGAUUAUCCAACCAAAGCCUGUGUUUUGUGAACAUUUUUCUGAACACUGUGAUUCAUCAUGUGAUAUUGCUAGUUAUCUACGUAGACAUUUACCAGGAUGUUCUUUUUCUCUUACUAGUAGUUCUUGUUAUUCUUAUUAUUCAAAAGCAAGUGAAUCUUUGAGAUUGAUGCUUAAGUAUUGUAUUGGUUAUGCUACUAUUUAUUUGAGAGAUGUUGGUAUUCUUCAACCUUAUGAUCAAGUGCCUAUAUAUGACAUUAGAGUUGAUUUUGAUAUACCUGUUACUACUUGUUGUCUUAUGUGUCAGGAUGAAUUGAAGGGUGGUGGAACAUGUGGAUGGAUUUGA